AUGUUCAAGCAAUUUUCAUCAUCACUUCUGUUGGCAAUGCUAAUCGUGGCUGUGCACGUGGCAAUUGUGGUGGCAGUCGACCCUCCAACAAUUGCAGGAAACGAACCAGUUCUCGAGUUAUACAUGCAUGACAUUCUCGGGGGCAGUAGCCCUACAGCAAGACCGGUCACCGGCUUGCUAGGCAACAUAUACAGUGGUCAAGUGCCCUUCGCUAGGCCGCUUGGCUUCCUUCCUCCACAAGGCGGGGUAGCCAUCCCUAAUGCCAAUGGUGCCGUUCCGACUUUUAACUCCAACGGCAUUCCACUGGGAACUGGUUUAGCUGGUACGAGUUUCGCUGGCAAUCCCAACAGCAAUGGUAACCCAGUAGCCUUAGGACCUGACGGUUUGGGACUAGGCUUUGGAACAAUCACCGUCAUUGAUGACGUGUUGACCUCUGCUCCCGAGCUGGGAUCACAGACAUUGGGGAAAGCACAAGGUGUCUAUGUCGCGAGCUCUGGUGAUGGAACCACACAAAUGAUGGCAUUCACAGCUAUGAUGGAAGGAGGGGAAUAUGGAGAUAGCCUCAACUUCUUUGGAGUAUACAAGAUUGGGAGCACCAUGUCACGCCUCUCAGUGACAGGAGGGACCGGCAAGUUUAAGAAUGCUUGUGGUUUUGCAGAGGUUCGCUUGCUCAUACCACCUGGCCAGCAUAUCACAGAUGGUGCAGAGACAUUGUUGCGGUUCACUGUCCAUCUCAGCUACUGAGAUUGCCUAAUAAUUUGAGGAACAAAUGUGGGUUCUGUGUGAUGAUGAAUGUGGUUUUGAUUUGUGGUUUUCAUGUCAGCGUGACAGUGAAUGAAAAAAUAUUCUGAUGUUUUUCAUAUAUAUCUAUUUGCAAUCCGAUCAAUGAUCAUCAAAAAAUAUAUACAUUUACUUGUAAACAA